UGGAACCAUCGAUGAUCUAUGGAACCCCAUUAGCAGCGACUAGCUGCUGCUGGUUGCAUAAGAUAGCUGACCCUUGCAUGGUCAGAAGUUCCUACCGAGGCCAGGUACUGAACUUCUGUACCUUGUACCUUGAUUCGAACGUUCCAUCGCAAAAAGUGCAGUGCUGGGUUCAAUACUUGACCCCUUCCAGUGGAAUAGAAUUAUUGUGGAAUCCGGUAACUGAAUCCAAGGUGGCUAAAUCUAAGGAGUCACAGACACCCUUCUGCUAGUAUAUGUACUAGUGCAGAUCAAAAAAAGAAGCAGCUUAGGCCAGUGGCUCUUCAAUUCAAGCCACCGGGCUGCUACAUACUGUAGUACAGUAGUAUCGUAAGAUAGUAUAAGCUUCAGCUUCGGGACUCCCGUUUACGUGUGACGCAACCACUUUACAAAUGAGGGGAAUGAUUCGCCAUUGGGCGCGCGGGCGCGUUGAUGCGUGCGUGUGCGCGCGCGCGCGCGCGAGAUGGUCGAUUCUAUACAGUUGUUGUCUCCGCAGGAAUAGGCAUUGAGUUUUGAUAUUGUACCGCUAUGCAGGGGGACUCUCCAUGCAAAGCCUCUAUAUGUAUGAGAUAAUCGUCGAGCCCCGUUGUGCGGCGGACACAAUAUGUCUGCAUUCUAUGGGGAAGCAUUCACGGAACGUCGCGUCUUGGUUCGAGCAUGCACCCUUAGCGCUGUGACUCAUGGUGUACUAGCAUCCAGCUCAGCCGCAGAUCAGAUGAAAUAUCGAUAUGAUCGGCCGAUCGUUCCGUCCGCCUAGCUAGCAGUUAUCAUUAUGUAUAAGCUGAAGCUAGGGUGCCGAGUCACGACGGCCGUCCCGGAGUCUUCGGCCGGAAGGAUCUAAGCUGGAUCCGAUGUGUACGAAUCCCGAAAGAGUCGGUUGCAAUACAUAAUUGGGUGUUCAUGGCCGCGCUGUGCACGUGCGGUGGGAUAUUGGCAUAUACUUAUUGAGUGAUCGUGUGACGCCCCUAGGUGAGACAACGAAUUGAGUGAAGCGUGGAACAGCAAUCUGGCUGCAUGUGCUAGUGAUAAAUUUGGGUGUCAAGUAUGUGAUGACUAGCCAGAUAUAGAUGUGGAUUCGUUAUUGGGCGGGGACAUACUGGGCGUUGGGAUAAUGGUCGGGGGAUUUGGAGGAUGUACGAGGUUUCCGAGAAUGGUGCGAGAAGAAGUGAUCGAGUGUGUGUUUGGCGGGGGGGGG